AUGCAGCUCCGUCUGUGGAGCACGGAGCCGGAGUUUAGCCCAGACAGCGGGAAACCUCAGAUCCUAUCACGCCGCAGUCACUCCUCGGCUUUACCUCCUCUUUACCCACAGACCUCCUCUUUACCCACACACCUCCUCUUUACCCACACACCUCCUCUUUACCCACACACCUCCUCUUUACCCACACACCUCCUCUUUAGACCUCCUCUUUACCCACACACCUCCUCUUUAGACCUCCUCUUUACCCACACACCUCCUCUUUACCCACACACCUCCUCUUUAGACCUCCUCUUUACCCACACACCUCCUCUUUACCCACACACCUCCUCUUUACCCACAGACCUCCUCUUUACCCACAGACCUCCUCUUUACCCACACACCUCCUCUUUACCCACACACCUCCUCUUUAGACCUCCUCUUUACCCACACACCUCCUCUUUACCCACACACCUCCUCUUUACCCACUCACCUCCUCUUUACCCACAGACCUCCUCUUUACCCACACACCUCCUCUUUACCCACACACCUCCUCUUUACCCACACACCUCCUCUUUACCCACACACCUCCUCUUUACCCACACACCUCCUCUUUACCCACAGACCUCCUCUUUACCCACAGACCUCCUCUUUACCCACAGACCUCCUCUUUACCCACACACCUCCUCUUUACCCACAGACCUCCUCUUUACCCACAGACCUCCUCUUUACCCACAAACCUCCUCUUUACCCACACACCUCCUCUUUACCCACAGACCUCCUCUUUACCCACACACCUCCUCUUUACCCACACACCUCCUCUUUACCCACACACCUCCUCUUUACCCACAGACCUCCUCUUUACCCACACACUUCCUCUUUACCCACAGACCUCCUCUUUACCCACACACCUCCUCUUUACCCACACACCUCCUCUUUACCCACACACCUCCUCUUUACCCACACACCUCCUCUUUACCCACAGACCUCCUCUUUACCCACACACCUCCUCUUUACCCACACACCUCCUCUUUACCUACAGACCUCCUCUUUACCCACACACCUCCUCUUUACCUACACACCUCCUCUUUACCCACACACCUCCUCUUUACCCACACACCUCCUCUUUACCCACACACCUCCUCUUUAGACCUCCUCUUUACCCACACACCUCCUCUUUACCCACACACCUCCUCUUUAGACCUCCUCUUUACCCACACACCUCCUCUUUACCCACACACCUCCUCUUUACCCACACACCUCCUCUUUACCCACACACCUCCUCUUUACCCACAGACCUCCUCUUUACCCCACACACCUCCUCUUUACCCACACACCUCCUCUUUACCCACACACCUCCUCUUUACCCACACACCUCCUCUUUACCUACAGACCUCCUCUUUACCCACACACCUCCUCUUUACCUACACACCUCCUCUUUACCCACACACCUCCUCUUUACCCACACACCUCCUCUUUACCCACACACCUCCUCUUUACCCACACACCUCCUCUUUAGACCUCCUCUUUACCCACACACCUCCUCUUUACCCACACACCUCCUCUUUAGACCUCCUCUUUACCCACACACCUCCUCUUUACCCACACACCUCCUCUUUAGACCUCCUCUUUACCCACACACCUCCUCUUUAG